AUGACAAUCCCAGCAAAUUCAACAAUGAUGCAAAGAUGCGAAGAGAUUCGCGCCCUUCUCGCUUUUGAAAGACCAGAAAAUCCUGAAACCAAUGAAAUAGAAUGGCAAUCUUUUCUUCACAGACGCCACGAUUUAUAUACCAAAUUCCCUUAUGAUAGUGAUGAUGAGGAUGAAGAUGAUGCGAAAACACAGAAACGGCAGUUAUAUUCUAACUCGGAUACAAAACCAGAAAAGAAUUCUUUCUUACGAUUGACUGAAGCCCUUCCAGUACCUUCACCUCAAGCCAAACCCAUUAAACUGACACCUCUAUCUUUUGAGGAUCCAGAAACAGAAAAAGAAACAAUCAACACUCGUCUCCGCACCACACUUACACAAUCAUCCCUCCCAAACCACACACUCCAAUCGAGCUUCAACACCGAACUCGCACUCCUCACAUCUCGAUACGCGGAAUUCUCUUUACAUUCAUCGCAGAGAAAUAAUGGAGAAAAUUUUCCUCUGCUUGUUGAUACGUAUGAGUUGAUUGGUGAUACGUUAUCACUCUGUGCAUUUUUUCUCACGUUCCCGAUUCUUGAAUGCGAGGGGAUGGAAUUUGCAGAGGUGUUGAAAAAUGGAUUUUGGCUUUCCCACACCACACCCUCCUCUCCCCUGCUCCAACUCUUUUCUCUGCGUCUCCUUUCCCUCACGCUCCACCUCUUUCAUCCCAUGGGAUUACCCGGUCCAGGGACCCCGGCUACGCCGGCGCCGGAUAGUAUCUUGCAUUCGUGGUGGCAUAUUGAUUUGUAUGAGAAAGCGGCGAGCGUUUUUGAGGAUGCGGGGAUGUCGGAGGUGGCGGAGAGGUAUGGGGUUUGUGCGAGGUGGGGGUGGCUUUGUGUUGGGGGUGAUGAGGGGGGGAUUUAG